AGGAGUGUCAGAAGGAGCAGAAGCAACGCUCACUGCAGAGCACAGCGUAUGAGCAGCUAGCUGGGCUCUGGCUCUUAUCCCAAAAGCAGUGCCUUUCUCAUGAGCCCACGCAAUUGAGGAGCUGGGGAUCGUGACAUCAGAGAAGCAUUAGGACCGUACGCCGCUAAUUUAGCUACCGGAGGAGGGUAACUGCGGAUCAUCGCACUUACAUCUACCAGGAUGACGUUCCAUUCAAACCAGUACACCCAGUAAAAUAGUUGGAGGUCGAGGCAUCAGGUACAAGAAGCAUGUCCAACAUUGAUGUACAAUAGAAAAAGCUGGGGUUCAGUGUAUCGGCUACCAAAAACAGACUAUUCUAAACCACCCACCAGUGGUAAACAGCUGUGGCAAGUGGCAUUAUAUCCAGUUCACAUAAAUACGACCACAAGGAUAAAGACUGGAAGAUCUGCUGUUCCUUGGAACUUCAGUAUAUUUUCCACUAGAGUGACAGCGCAUGUUCUCUCUGCACUUCACUCCAAAAGGAUUGACCCCAACAGAAAAGACUUUCCAGCUGGAUUGUUGUUCGUUAUCAGUAGGAUCAAGUGGAUAGUUUGCCAGUGGCACGUUUUGCGCACUCUUAUCGGGGAUAACCUCUUCACGUUCUUGCUCAGGCACCGUGGAAUAUCUGGAGCAGCGCAAAUCCUCUCUAGUCCUGUACCGACCCUUCCCCUUUUGUGCGAGUUUGGGAGCAGUCACUGCAGACAGUCGGGAAACUGCGCUAGACCUUUCUAACUGGAUAUCUCUGAAGGCGCUUUCCAGGACUUUUCUCACCUUGCCAAACAGGGUAUUUCUUCAUUGCCAUAAGCCAUGAACACGUUGCUCCCCCUCAGCUCUUGGAUUCCAUGUGUUUUUUCUUUGUUCUGUAUGUAUUGGCAGGUUGGAACUGCUCAAACAAAAGCUGACGGUGUGAUUGGAAGUACCCCGUCCCCCUCUUCACAAAGCCAUGCUGGACCUCCCACUUUAAUCAGCAGUCAGAGUCCCCUACAACCAACUCCUUCCAUAAGCAGUUUGAGAGAUGGAAUAGAAUCCCACAGACAAGAUUUGCUGAAAUCUGUCCUGGCACAGAAGGAAUUUCUGCUCCGCCAAGAGGGAGAAUUGUUCCCCUCUGCCCUUCCUGAUGACCUGCUACCACGACAAAUCCUGAAGGGAGGAAGAAGAAAGACUCUUUCUACCAAACAGAUCAAUGCGGCACGAAAAAGACUAUGGCCUCAAACCACCCAAGCCUCACUCUAUAAAGCCACAUUAGAGUCUACUUUCUUUAGGGAGUCUGCUUCUGCAAAUAAUACUCCUGACAGCUUCACGCUGUGGCCUCACUCCUCUGGGCAGACCACUCCUGUGCCAUUAGAGACUAAAAUCUUCAGUGAGGAAAGUGAUCCUUCUGAGUCUGGGCAAAGUGACCUCUCUGCUACAAUCUCUGCUUUGGAGACCACACCACUCUUUGAGCAGCCCCGUCUCACACCUGAUGUGGAUCCACGCCUUGUGGACAGCACAACAAUUGCUUUAUCUUCCUCUGUGAGCAACACAGAAGAAGGCAGUCUGGAUUCAAUCAUUAGAUCAACAAUUCUCUCAGCAACACAGCCAGCAUCCUGCAACGUGAACUUCUCUGAACCCGAAGGGUACAUUGACUCCACAGACUACCCUCCCCUGCUUCAGUUCAACUUUCUGGAGUGUACCUACAAUGUCACAGUCUACACAGGGUAUGGUGUCGAGCUGCAGGUGAAGAAUGUGAAUCUUUCUGAAGGGGAACUGUUGUCCAUUAGAGGGGUGGAGGAAGGCGGAACUCUACUGGUCCUUGCCAAUGAAACUCUGCUGGUGGAGGGUCAGGUGAUCCGCAGUCCCACCAACACUAUCUCAGUUUUCUUCCGCACCUUCUUGGAUGGAGGCCUGGGCACCUUCCAGCUACACUACCAAAUUUUCAUGCUGAGCUGCAGUCUGCCAAGGAAGCCACACUACGGAGAGGUGUUGGUAAUGGACCUUCAUGCUGGGGGCACAGCUCAUUUUCACUGCCACUCUGGUUAUCAGCUGCAGGGCGAGAAAACACUAACUUGUCUGAAUGCCUCCCGGCCUCACUGGAGCAGUAAAGAACCAGCUUGCAAAGCUGUGUGUGGAGGCCGAGUGCAUAAUGCCUCCAUUGGCCGCAUUCUGUCACCCAAUCACCCUGGAAACUACAGCAACAAUAUGAGUUGCACCUGGUUUCUAGAAACCAGUGGACCUCAGAAGUUGCACCUUCAUUUUGAGAAACUGUCCCUGGCUGGCCAUGGUGAUAGGAUUCAGGUCUGGAGUGGUUUGGAAAAUGGUUCUGUAGUACUUUUGGAUUCCGCCCGUGGUGGGCAGGUGCCAUUUGAAGGUAUCAUCAGUGAGGGUCCAGUUGUGACAGUCCAGUUUACUUCUGAUAGUGCUAACACAUCAUCUGGCUUCAACAUUCGCUAUGAAGCUUUUGAGCGUGGACACUGCUAUGAGCCCUACAUCCAAAAUGGAAACUUCACCACCACAGACUCUUCCUACAAUGUGGGUGCAAUUGUUGAGUUUACCUGUGAGCCGGGUCAUUCUUUGGAGCAGGGUCCCCCGGUCAUUGAAUGUGUGAACAUGAGAGACCCCUACUGGAAUGACACAGAACCACUGUGCAAGGCUUUAUGUGGUGGAGAACUUUCAGCUCCUAGUGGUGUCAUCCUGUCUCCUAACUGGCCUGACAGUUAUGGUGAGGGUGAGGAUUGUAGCUGGAGAAUUCAUGUUGGAGAAGAGCGACGUAUUCUUCUUGACAUUCAGCUUCUAAACCUGAGCAACAGUGACAUUUUGACUAUCUAUGAUGGAGAUGAGAUUACCACAAGGAUCCUGGGGCAGUAUAUUGGUGGAACAAGCCCUUUUAAGCUCUACUCCUCAACCCCUGACCUCACGCUGCAAUUCCAUUCGGACCCUGCAGGCAUGGUUUUUGGAAAAGGAGAGGGCUUCAUCAUUAACUACAUGGAAGUGUCCAGGAAUGACUCCUGUUCUGACCUGCCUGAGAUUCAGAAUGGCUGGAAGACCACAUCCCACAUGGAGUUAGUGCGUGGUGCUCGAGUCACUUAUCAGUGUGACCCAGGGUAUGAUAUUGUGGGCAGCGAAACACUCAUCUGUCAGUGGGACCUGGUUUGGAGCAGCCAACCACCUUUUUGUGAAAAGAUUAUGUACUGCACAGACCCUGGUCAGGUGGAGCACUCAUCUCGCACUUUGUCGGACCCUAAGCUGUUGGUUGGCACGACUAUUCAGUACACUUGCCGACCUGGGUACAUCCUGGAAGGCAGCAGCAUGCUCACUUGCUAUGGCCGAGAGACCGGGACUCCAGUUUGGACUUCACGGCUUCCCCUCUGUGUUUCAGAGGAAUCUGUGUCUUGUGAAAACCCAGGCCUUCCUGAAAAUGGCUAUCAGAUCUUGUACAAACGCCUUUAUCUUCCGGGAGAAUCACUCUCCUUCAUGUGUUAUGAAGGGUUUGAGCUGAUUGGAGAGAUUACAAUUAAGUGCAUUCUAGGACAUCCAUCUUUCUGGAGUGGACCGCUGCCACUCUGUAGAGCAAACCAGGACAGCUUUGAACGAGCUUUGGAAGUAGCAGAAGCAGAAGCAGCUGCAGCGACAUCACUGGAUGGUGGAAACAUGGCACUGGUGAUCUUUAUUCCUGUCCUUGUCCUGUCUGUACUGCUAGGCGGAGCUUACAUCUACAUUACACGCAGGUGCCGUUAUCAUUCAAAUCUCCGCUUGCCUCUGAUGUACACUCAUCCCUACAGCCAGAUAACUGUGGAAACAGAAUUUGAUAACCCCAUGUAUGAAACUGGGGACACACGAGAGUAUGAGGUUUCCAUAUGAGGAGUUCUUUCUGAAGACAUUGUACAUAGUAUCCAACAUCAAAUCCAAUAAAACUGACAUGUGGAUCUCCUUGAACCCAUAGACUGAGCCCUCUGUGCAGUGCUCAAACCCAGCUCCCUCAGCUUUCAAUAUUUGGACUUCCUACACCCAUCUUCUGGGGCACUACUGCCAGCUGUGAGAGGGGAGAACUGAAAAGCAGUAGCAAAUAUUGCCAUCAGAAGCUUGGUUACUUGGGUUACCUGGUGGCAUUUCUCAGCAAGAUGGAGCUGGUAUUACUAAGCACAGGGUAACUGGUUCCCAAUACAGCCACUAGUGCAGAAUGCGACUGAGAACAGGCAACUUCACCUAGAAGAGCAUGCCUUCCAAAUGCAACCAUGAGAAAUUUACUAUGAUUACCUUAGUAAAAAGGUUUUAUGGUAACAAAACUGGGCCCUGGUCACUAAAUGAGCAAGAGUAAUGGGACAAUUGUGCUGUGUUUGUCACAGCAAAUUGGGCCUGAAUUUUUGAGCUACCAUAUUAUAGCUGUCAAGUAUAGUGAAAAUGCCCUUGCACAGUAUAGAAAAUGACUGCCAUUAAUUGUGAUAAACUAGGAACAUAAUCUUCUUAAAUUUAUUAAGGAGAACUAAUGUUUGCAUAUGAGCCCACAAUUACCAAUUAUUGUUAUGUAACUAAAUUUGGAAACACUGCCACAAAGUGGGAAAACCUGGCUAAGGUCAUUCCAUUUAUUCUAGAAAAUAAUGGCA